GCCUCAUAAAGAAAAUUUAUGAUAUUUGGACCACUCUCAAUUAGGGUCUCUCUAAGUAAUCUUUUUACAUACAAAAAAAAAUUACUAUCACACUGUCGCCGUCCGAUCUUCUUUCUCUCUCUAAAUCUCUCCGUUGAAUCUCUCUCCUCCAUCUUCUUCAACUGUAACCUCUCUUCCAUUAUCAGUCUCAAGUUGUUCAAGUUCAUCAUAAUAAUGGUAAUUUGUUGUUAGUAUUUUGAAGUAUUGUGUUUGGAUUCGGUUUUAAUGGAGGAACGGAACUCAACGAGAUUGAGUAGCUCAACAAACGAUACAGUAUGGGAGUGUGUGAUUCCGUAUAUACAGGAAUCGCGUGAUAGAGACGCGGUGUCGUUGGUAUGCAAGAGGUGGUGGCAGAUCGAUGCGAUUACUAGAAAGCAUAUAACUAUGGCUUUGUGUUAUACAGCGAAGCCGGAGCAGCUAUCUAGAAGGUUUCCACAUCUUGAAUCGGUUAAACUGAAAGGGAAACCAAGAGCUGCUAUGUUUAAUUUGAUACCGGAAGAUUGGGGAGGAUAUGUUACACCUUGGGUUAUUGAGAUUACUAAGUCGUUUAGUAAAUUGAAAGCGCUUCAUUUUCGUAGAAUGAUUGUUAGAGAUUCGGAUCUCGAAUUGCUUGCGAAUCGUCGUGGGAAAGUUCUUCAAGUUUUGAAGCUGGAUAAGUGUUCUGGAUUUUCUACUGAUGGUCUUCUGCAUAUUUCUCGUUCCUGCAAGAACUUAAGAACUUUGUUAAUGGAAGAGAGUUAUAUAAUUGAGAAAGAUGGAGAAUGGGCACAUGAACUAGCAUCGAACAACACUGUUCUUGAGAAUUUGAACUUUUACAUGACAGAUCUUCUGCAAGUUAGGGCUGAAGAUCUUGAAUUGAUAGCAAGAAAUUGUAAAUCUCUUGUCUCUAUGAAAAUUAGCGAGUGUGAAAUUACGAAUCUUCUUGGCUUCUUUAGAGCUGCGGCUGCAUUGGAGGAGUUUGGUGGUGGCGCAUUUAAUGACCAACCAGAACUUGUUGAAAAUGGCUAUAAUGAGCAAUCGGGAAAAUAUGCCGCACUAGUUUUCCCUCCAAGAUUAUGCCAAUUGGGCUUGACAUACUUAGGGAAAAAUGAGAUGUCCAUUCUCUUUCCUAUUGCGUCUCGUCUGAGGAAAUUGGAUCUUCUUUAUGCACUUCUUGACACAGCAGCCCACUGUUUCUUACUGCAAAGGUGUCCCAACUUGGAAAUUCUUGAGACAAGGAAUGUUGUCGGGGAUAGAGGAUUGGAAGUGCUUGGCCAGUACUGUAAGAGGUUAAAGCGGCUCAGGAUUGAGAGAGGAGCUGAUGAUCAGGAGAUGGAGGAUGAAGAAGGUGCGGUUACACACAGAGGAUUGAUUGAUUUGGCAAAGGGAUGCCUUGAACUAGAAUACAUGGCUGUUUAUGUGUCAGAUAUUACUAAUGAAGCUUUGGAAGUUAUUGGUACAUAUCUGAAAAAUCUGAGUGAUUUUCGGCUGGUUUUGCUUGACCGAGAAGAAAGAAUAACAGAUCUGCCACUUGAUAAUGGUGUCCGUGCUUUACUAAGAGGUUGCCGUAAUCUUAGAAGAUUUGCUCUCUAUGUCCGGCCUGGGGGCCUUACUGAUGUAGGUCUCAGUUAUGUCGGGAAAUACAGCCCAAACGUGAGAUGGAUGCUUCUGGGAUACGUUGGGGAAUCCGAUCGUGGCCUUCUGGAGUUCUCUAAAGGAUGUCCGAGCUUGCAAAAGCUAGAAGUGAGAGGCUGCUGUUUCAGUGAACGUGCAUUAGCUUUGGCUACCUUGCAGCUAAAAUCGUUAAGGUACCUGUGGGUACAAGGAUACAGGGCAUCUUCAGCUGGUCGUGAUCUCUUAGCGAUGGCUCGCCCAUUCUGGAAUAUUGAAUUGAUUCCUGCAAGACGAGUUGUUGCCAACGAUGGAAAUAAUGCAGAAACUGUAGUCUCCGAGCAUCCAGCCCAUAUACUUGCCUACUAUUCCCUUGCCGGACAAAGAACAGAUUUUCCAGAUACUGUCAAGCCUUUGGACCCAACUUACCUUCUCGCUGAAUAGGUUUGUAAAUAUAACUUUUCCUUGAGUGAAGUUGUUCGAGGUUUAUUUGCUUCCUUUUUAGGUGUCUUGUCCAUAUGUAUGCCUCUUCUUUUCCUCCUUUUUUUCCUUGAUGAGAGUCUUUUCCACAUUGAUUUUGAUCUUGUCUUGUAGACAUGCAUUCUGUAAUAAAUUUGCUUUCCUUGUGUUAUCUGUAAUCUAACAUUUGGUGAUCUACAUUCCUAAUCCCCC